UCGCCCCGGGUCCGGGCAGGCACCGCUGACGGUUUGUCUCGUAAAUAAAAACGUGUCAAUGCAGCCUGUGCUGAUGGGGGAGGGGGAGCGGGGGAGGAGCCGCCCCCGCUGGGGCUGCCAAGGGGCGAUGGGCAGGUGAAUGCGGCCCCUUAAAAUCCGUCUUGAGGGGCGGGGCGGCUCCUUUAAGAAAAUGGUGCGCGGCGCCUUUAAGGGGGUGUGUCACGUGCGCGGUCAUGUGAGCGGGUGGGUUCCAAGAUGGCGGCGGGCGCGCGGCUGCCGCUGCUGCUGCUGCUGGUUGGGGUGGGGGCCGGGGCCGGGCGGCGGGUGUCGAUGCAGUACAACCCCGGCUGGAACGGCUCCUCCGUCAACCUGCUCCACGUGCGGGCGGUGGGGCGGGGGGGACACCCUGCACUAUGUCUGGAGCAGCAUCGGGGCCCCCGCCGCGCUGCUGGUGGCUACGGCGAGCGGGAGCAGCGCCCUGCGCCUCAACUGGACCCGGCUGCUCUCUCCCGAUCCCACCGGCGCCGUCUGGAUUGAGCCCCCCAGCAGCGUGGUCUACUCCACCGCCGUUGUCUUCACCAAGGUGUUUGAGUACAGCCAGACCAAAAUGCUGGAAGAGCUCUUCUACCCCACCUACGACCUGUCGGACUUUUCCUGGGACAGCGUCAAUGGCACCCUGAACCACACGGCCCUGACGGCCGAGUUCAAGGGCGUCCCGGCCACCGACCCGGGUGGCAGCUUCUCCAACGGCAGCCUGGCCUUUCGGGUGACAGCCUACGAGGUGGGUGGCCGUGACGGGCCCCUACCCAGCCUCCUGCACACGGCGAACAGCUCCAAAGUGGAGUUUGUCCUGGCCGGGGUGGCUCCACGGGGCAACAGCUCCCGCUUCGCACUGGAGGUGGCCAUGGUGGAAGAGCCAGGGGUGGCGCAGAAGCUGCGCUCGGCGCGUUCCAUCGACGAUGAGUACACUCCCACCAUCUUCGAGAUGCUCUCCCUGGUCGCCGAAUCCCAAAAUGACAGCUCCCCGCUCAGCUUCCUGCAGUGGAAGGCGACAGCCUACGGCUCCCAGACCCCGCGGCGUGAGGACAACAUCCAGUGCCGGUCCCACAGCCUGCAGGCGGCCAACUGGAGCCUGCCCGUGUCCAGCCUUGUCCGCGCCUACUUCGGGGAGGAUGUGGGCAGCACCUACACCAUCAGCGCCAUCAACAUUUCUUUUGGGGGAGAGGAUGGGCAGGUUUACCAGGAGAAACGCUACCUGAGCUGGUCGGUGCUGCUGGGCUUCGGGCAGCCCCCCAAGGACACCUUCUCCCCACUUGUCAUCUCCAUCAUGGCCGUGGCGCUGGGCACCCCCAUGGUGAUGCUCCUGGUGGGCAGCUGCGUGGUUUUCUUUGCCCAGAGGAAACGCUACUCCGAGUACGAACCCAUCAACUGAGCGGGACGGUCUCUGGAGAGACCUUCAGGAUCCUUCUUGGCACCAGGAAACGACCGCGGCCGCUGCAGCCUCCUCUCUGCCCUCCCUGCGGUCCAGGCUCGGAGGGGACCGGGGCACCGUUUGCAGCAGCUCCCACAUCACGUAUUCCCCUGUCCCGUUCCCUCCUCCUGCCCAGAUCCUGCACCCGCUUACACUUCUUCCUCUGCUUUUUCCUGAUCCAUCCAGUGAAGUGACCGGGGAUGGCUGCUCAGGGUUGCUCUGAGCCGCGGAAAAAUCCCCCUUCUCCCAAGGGAUAAAACCACUGUCGUGUCUGCGGCCACGCAGCAGCUGGGCCUGGCUGGGCCGUGUCCCGGGCUGCCUGGGGGGCUCCAACCUGGAGGAGAGGGCUGGGGACUGGUACUGCCCCUGCCAGCACACAGGGUGCCUUCAUCUUGCUGUGCAGGGGGCAUCCCAGAACUGCCCGCUCGCCCCAGCUGGGGCUCACAAGACCCCUCGAUCCCCACCAGGCACCGGCUGCUGGUACAAAAGGGAAACCCAGUGCCGCUUUGCCGCAGCUGCUUGAGCUGGGAUAAAUCCUGUCAGCCCAAAAGGUGCUGAGCUGGCCUCGCUGGUGGUUAACCGUGGCCGGCUCGGAGGUGCUAUCCAGCUGCUUGAAGCCACGAGGCCAGCGUGGUCUGCGGCUGCUGGGUGCUGGCGGAAGGUCCCACAUCAGUUGGGGCUGCGCCAGGAUUUCACGUUCUCCAUCGCUGACUUUGGCUUCAACCAAAUAAAGCGGAUUUCCAGAA